CUUAUAAUUACAAGAAAAAAAUAAAAAACGCAGAAACUAAUAAAGGAAAAUGAGAAAAUACGGAUUUAGAACAGGUAGCAUAUGAAACGACUGCGUUUUACAUUAUCCUGAUCACCUUCAACAAACAACAAUUUCAUGGUGUAAAAUCACAAAAAUGGCGUCUGCAUCAUCUCCUUCUUCACUCUCUCUCCUCUCCAAUUCUCUCUCCCAACUCCACACCCGCCAAUUCGCAGCUCGACCGAGUUCGAACCAAUUUCAAUGUCGAGCUUCCGGCUCAACCGGAUUCUUUACCAAAUUAGGGCGGCUCAUCAAAGAGAAGGCCAAAAGUGACGUCGAGAAAGUAUUCUCAGGAUUCUCCAAAACUCGCGACAAUCUCGCUGUCAUUGAUGAGCUCCUCUUGUACUGGAACCUCGCUGACACCGACCGCGUUCUCGACGAACUCGAAGAGGCAUUGCUUGUGUCUGAUUUUGGACCGAGAAUUACGAUUAAGAUUGUGGAUUCUUUGCGAGAAGAUAUUUUGGCUGGUAAGCUUAAAUCUGGACCUGAAAUUAAGGAUGCCUUGAAGAGAAGUGUUCUUCAGUUGUUAACAGAGAAAGGAAGUAAAACAGAACUUCAGCUGGGAUUUAGGAAACCUGCUGUAAUCAUGAUAGUUGGUGUUAAUGGAGGCGGAAAAACAACUUCUCUUGGGAAGUUGGCUCAUAGAUUGAAGAAAGAAGGAGCUAAGAUACUAUUGGCAGCAGGUGAUACAUUUCGAGCUGCUGCAAGUGAUCAGCUUGAGAUCUGGGCUGAGCGAACAGAUUGUGAAAUUGUUGUGGCAGAGAAAGAGAAGGCAAAAGCAUCGUCAGUUCUUACUCAGGCUGUUAAAAGAGGAAAGGAAGGCAAAUUUGAUAUUGUCCUAUGUGAUACAUCUGGCCGUCUUCAUACGAAUUACAGUCUCAUGGAGGAGUUGGUAGCUUGUAAAAAAGCUGUGGGUAAAGUAGUUUCCGGUGCUCCUAAUGAGAUUCUGCUUGUUUUGGACGGAACAACUGGUUUAAAUAUGCUUCCUCAGGCCAGGGAGUUUAAUGAAGUUGUUGGAGUGACUGGAUUAAUCUUGACAAAACUUGAUGGUUCUGCAAGAGGUGGUUGCGUGGUCAGCGUGGUAGAUGAGCUUGGCAUUCCUGUGAAAUUUGUGGGUGUUGGUGAGGGCCUGGAAGAUCUUCAACCUUUUGACGCUGAAGCCUUCGUUGAUGCCAUAUUUCCAUAAUGUGUAAUUGGUGCUGUAUGUAUCUUCACAAGAUUUAGCCAACUGAAUAAGAUUAAGAUUUAGAAACUGCAUGCUAAAUUUGCAAGUCAAGCAACUGAAGCUAAAAGAUUGAUGACCAUCAUGGUGGUAUAGGAUGCAGUUACAGAGAUUGAAGCAUGGCAAUGAUAAGCCCUCGGCCAAAAUAUCAAAGUGUUGCUCAGAGCUAUUCUUCGUGCUAGUCCAUCCUUUGUUAUCUCUCAGAUAGCCUAGUUAUAGGCAAAAUUUUCACUCACUGAUGUAUUAUAACUUUACGCCAAAUUUGUACGAGGUUCUUGCCUAUGAGCUACUUUGUUAAUGGGACUAUGGGAGAUAUUUGUAGAGUGCCUUCAUCCUGAAAUGUAUCAACAUAACAUGUAAUUAAUGGUAAUUUUGUGGAAACUUUGGAGGUUGAAAAGUUUCAAUGUUUCCUUGA